AUGACUUUUGGUUAUGAGUGGACCCGUAGCUUCGCCAUUGAGAUUCACUUUAAGUUUAUUGAUUUUGUAACAAAACUUGCCGAUCAUAAUUAUGUUUUGAAAACAAAAACAGUAAAGCGUACAAUGUUUGUAUUUGAUACCACUGCUUUGUCGGUAUCAAGCGACUUAUCAUCGAUUGUUAUUCUUAUCGAUGAAGAGGAAGAAGAAAAUGAAAUAAAUGAAAAGCAAAGCGUAACAUUGAAAACAACUUUAUUCAAGUCGACCUUCGUUUCUGCGUUGGAAAUACAUUAUAAACGAUACAUGUUCAGAUACAAGGGGAAGGCAUUAACUUUAGUAGAAAAUUGA